AUGAUGAAAGCCCAAAGUCAUGACGUAAAGUUGAAAGCCCAAAGUCAUGACGUAAAGUUGUCAAACUGUGCAAUUCGACGUAGACGUCAAACUGAAGUGCGUUUCUUUUGGCAGACGCUGUGUCAAAAUGCCACCUUCUUCUACGAGCUCUCAAAUUUCUACUAUUUUUGUACUCUGUUCGAAAAUCCAUGGCUAGUAUUCCUAACGAGCACAUUUGCAUGGGAGAUAUGUCAUGCCUUGGAUGGGUUUGUCGUUGUGCUGUUCCACUUUCGAUUUUCGAAAUUCCGCAAAACCCACGUGAACGGUGUGGCAACAACGAUGGUUGUGGGUGGUAAAUUAGCAUCACACGCUGGAGAUCAUCUUGGGCACAGUGGUGCCCACUCCAAUUCCAUGAUCGGACAAAGCCGCGCUGGAAAAGGGGCUAGCAGAACGGCAUGA